AUGGAGGAAUAAGUAUAAUGUUAUGAAGAUCUUUGUAUUUCAAUUGUUGAAUCAUAGACGAUAACUAAAAGCAUUAUCAAAUAAAUAAUCCAUGAAAGUUCAUCAAUCAUUGUAAAUAAACACAUCAACUCAAUUUUACCUUUACUAGGAUACAAUUGGUUUAGAGAAUAAGUUAUUGUAUUGAUGGAUGAAUAUAAUUUAAGAAAUGAUGAUUUUGAAGAAAAUGUAAUUGAAGACUCUGAACCUAUAGCUGUAAACACAGAACAUUGGAGAAGAUGUCAAGGUCAAGUCAAAUAAGUUACAUCUAGAGAAAACUCAAAAUCUCCUGUAAUUAGAAGAAGUGAUACAAAAAGAAUGUCUAAAUUGGUGACAAUGAAAACAUCUAGACAAAGUGAAUGUUUUAAUUCUCAGCUAAUAAAAAUGGGUGAAUUAGAAGAAGAAUAAGAAUUUGAUCCUAAUAUUGAAAGCAUUAGAUAGGCUAAACUAAGAUAAAUCUCAAUUCAAUAAUAAAAAGAAUAGAAUGAUAAAAUUAAAAUACUUGAAGUAUAAGAGUAAGUCAAAUAAUUGAAAAGAUUAAAUGUAGAUUCCAAAUCUAAAUAUACUUUUGAUUAUGAAGGUAAAGUAGUAGUAUAAAAACCACCAGAUAUUGAUAGAUAUCCAAAAUCAUUUUAAAAUAUCAGUGAAAAACGUAGUUUAGUAGAAGUAAGAGAUCUUAUACCAAAUCAUAAAAUGCAAUCAGAACUAAUAUAAUUAACUAGUAAGAACAAUCAAAAUAUUGGAUAAAAUAAUUAAUUUGCCAUCAAAACAUCUGUACCAUAAAUUGAUUUAAUUAUUAUGAAAGAAGGUGUAACAUUUAAUGAUGGUAAAUAAGAAAAGAAAAAAGAUAGAUUGCUUCCUUUAAUGGAUAUCAAAGACCCAAUUUAAUUAUAAUAAACAUUAUAAAAAUAAAAUGUAUAAAUGACUAAAAUAGAAUACUAAUAAAUUACUAGCACUUCAUCAAAUAAUAAUACAUUCUAAAAUAAAACUAUGAGUCUUUCAAGUUAUUAACAAUAAUAAUAAUAAAACUAAUAUACUAAUAGAUCUUAAUAGUAAAAUGAUAAUCUAUUAAAUAUGAAUGAUAGUCUCUUAAGUUAGAGAGUACCUAAACAUCUAACUACAAUGAAUCAUUCUAUCUCAUCCUCCAUUUUAUAAAAGUUAAAUGGUUCCAUAUCUAUAUUAAGUGAAUAAUAAAUUGAAGAAUUACUUGUACCUUAAACUGAAGGAAAUAAGGAUUCAAAAGAACAUCCUUUAUUUCUUAAAAGAAAAAAAACAGAAUCAGAAGUUAAACCCUCAAAAUCUGUUCCAACUCUUACAUUUGAAUUGCCAUAGAUACCUCCAAACAUUCUAUCAAAUACUUUAAGUAAAUUGCCCAAAACAUUUUAAAGCUAAGGCACUUUUCCUAAAUUAAUUCCUAAAUUUCCUAGAUAAAGAAUUUCUAAAUAGGCCAUUCAAUUAAAAAUUGAAUCAUGA